GUUGAUGUGACUCUACAAGAUGGUAGGACAUUUGAAGGUACAGUUGUCAACGCUGAUUUUCAUUCUGACAUUGCUGUUGUGAAGAUCAAAUCAAAAACUCCACUGCCAACAGCUAAACUUGGAUCAUCAUCUAAGCUUCGUCCAGGAGACUGGGUGAUUGCCAUGGGCUGUCCCCUUUCCCUUCAAAAUACUAUUACAGCUGGUAUUGUCAGUUGUGUUGACCGUAAAAGUAGUGACUUAGGUCUUGGUGGGAUGCGUAGAGAGUAUCUACAGACAGAUUGUGCAAUCAAUGAGGGAAACUCCGGUGGACCGCUUGUUAAUCUUAAUGGAGAAGUCAUUGGAGUUAAUAUUAUGAAAAUAAUGGCUGCUGAUGGGUUGAGUUUUGCUGUACCAAUUGACUCAGUUGCCAAGAUUGUUGAGCACUUUAAGAAAAAUGGACGAGUUGUUCGGCCUUGGCUUGGGUUGAAAAUGCUCGAUCUUAAUGAGAUGAUUAUAGCUCAGUUGAAGGAAAGAGAUCCGUUGUUCCCUGAUGUCAGCAAAGGUGUGCUUGUGCCCAUGGUAACGCCAAGGUCCCCAGCUGAUCAUGCUGGAUUCCGCCCAGGAGAUGUAGUUAUUGAAUUUGAAGGGAAGCCUGUUGGAAGCAUCAAGGAGAUCAUUGAGAUAAUGGGAGAUAAGGUUGGGAAACCCUUGAAGGUGAUUGUCAAAAGAGCAAACAACAAGCUAGUAACUCUGACUGUCGUGCCAGAGGAGGCAAACCCAGACAUGUAAAACACUUUACAGGAGAAUGAUUCCCAAUUCCCUCAAACCCCCCCAACCCCACAAGAAAAAAAAAAUCAUACAGAAGGCAAAACACCUGCCAUGAGGUCAUUCUUUCAUUCUUUGUGUUUUUACCGCGGGUAUGCCAAUUUCAUUUUUCAUUUUCAAUUUUACAUUUGUUGCUUAAAGCAGAAGGAUCUGGUCAUACCAGUUGCCAAAGAGUGAUCUGAUCAUUAUAGUUGCCAAAGAUUUGGUCAAUCAUAUUAAUUUUCCAUUUCCAAUUGUCCUUGAUGUUAAAACAUAUGAUUUUGAUCAUAUCAUUUGUCGAAGAGUUGGUCAAUCAGUAUUAGUUUUUUCA